GACAUGGCCGACGAAAACCAACACAUGAUACAGUCUAUUUUAGUGAUGCUUGUGAAUUUGUCAAAUCGUUUUGAAAAGAAUGAGAGUCGUUCUGAAAAGUUGGAAGGUCUAUUUGAAAAUUUUGAGACUGCAAUGAGAGAAGAAAUUGGUCUGCUUAAUGGAAAAAGACAAAGGAUGCAAGAAAACUGGACCCAAACGGAAGACAGUGAAGCGGUAGAAGGAACGCCGAUCAAUGACAAAAAAAUUGAAAAAAGUUCCAAUGCAGUUGCCUUUGAAUUGAGUGGUUCUGAGGAUGGUAUAAGUGGUACUGAGGAUAUUCAUCGUGAAUGCAUCCAGGAAAAUCUUCCACAAAUGUCCCACUGUAUGGAUUUAAAGCGCGUUCUUUUAUUAGAUGAACUUAUUGGUAAUGGUUGUCUUACAGAAAACGAGGCUGCAGAUAUUCGAGAAUGUGAAAAACGGAAAGAUCAAACAAGAAAGCUUGCGGUCAUCAUGGGUAAACGAAGCCGGGUAAAAUUCAGCUCCUUUUUGGAGGUGUUGAAAAGAGCAGAAAACUAUCCGUAUAUAGCAGAACAAUUGGAAAAUUCAUAUCAAGCUAAAAUUGAGGAGGGUAGAAGGAAACAGGAAUGUGUUCCAUGCUACAUAAUUCGUAAUGUUAAUAUCCGACACAUUAUUGAUACACUCUGUUCCCAGUUUGUCAUUAGUUUGGAAUUUCUGGAAGAAGUCAUUUCAUGUCCAGCCAAUGAUGCCGAAAAAAUGCAAUCCUAUUGGAAGCGUUUGUUUGAGCAAAUGAACAACUCAGUACACGCAAGUAAAUAUCGGAAAGUUUUCAAAGAAGCCCUUAAAGAAAAGUACGACCACAUUGCCAAAAAGAUAUUGGUGAAGAAUCAAAUCCGGUGUAGAUGUAAGGCCAUUGACACUAACCCAGUCAUUCGAGUUGAAAACAUGUCUUGGCCAAGUGGUAGCCUCACAACAGAGGAGAAGAGUACCACCUCAACAGCAGCUAGACCCAAAUCUCGCGUGAGUUCACGAUCUGCAGUCAGCGCCAUAUCUGAAAGUGUCUCAGACAUAAGCAACGACGGGUAUGCUGGAAACAUCCCACGCACUGUUGAAUGGCUCAAUAACUUGGAAUUUGAGUCAACAGAAAAUAACUUUAGUACAGGCAUCCAGGGAGCCCAACCCUCAUACUCUGAAAUUGUUAAGAUUAAAAGGGUGAAGAUAACGAACAGCGAUACAAAAGCCCAAGAAUUACUGGAUAAAAACAACUCACUCUUAGCUAUAGGUGACGAUCUUCUCUUGAAGACAGCAAUAAAUGAAAGCAUGAAAGAAAAAUACAACAGUUCUCCCAGUUCCUUCGAUGUUAGCUCCAAGGAUGAAAAACAUUUCCCUGUCAUCCAAACAGCGGGAAAAGAAACAAAAUCCACCAAGAAGAAAAAGAACAAGCGAAAAAGGACACAAUCUGAACCAAGCCCGAAAACUAAUGAAUACAAAGUCAAGUUAAGCCCAAGGCUUUCUCAGUCUCAAGACUCAACUACAAGCGAGCGCACUAUAGCAGACCGUCUUUUUCUCAACAUUCCAACCACUGGCAUCACCAAUGACUGCUCUGGGAAUCUCAGUCAAGAAACCUCAUCAGAACAGGGGCCAGUACACGACAGCCCUAUAGUAUUAACACCCCCUAGGCAAACAACUCCUCUCGUAAAGGUUGGGUGCUCUAAUAAAGGGAAAAAUAAUACUAGUAAAUGUAAGAAGAAAAAAAAGACACAUUAAAUCUCUAGGCCCUGUGUCCUUUACAGGGUGUGUCUGGAAUAAUCAACUGUAAGUAGAGCCAGGGUUGACCCUAACCUAGUUAUAGUCCUAGUAUACAUGCAAAAAGUUAAAUACAUGUUUGAAAA